CAGUGGUAGACGGGCGCUUCUCUGUCCGCUGCUCACCGGUAAUGUCCCAUCUCAGCACCGGACGGCAUUAUGAGCGGAAGAAAUCCUGCAGUGCUGUUUUUUGAGAAGUUGAAAGGCGAGACAUGUACGGCAGAUAGGCUGCGUCUCGUCUCGUCCAAAAUCAGCCGGCACAGUCAGGACCGGACAUUUUUCACAAAGACAGAGAACAGGAGAGGAGGACGCAACAUGUUUGAAGCCUCAGGAGUGCCACUCAUCCUCCUAGACAUUACCUGUCUUCUCCUAGUUGGACUCCCGUUUUUUAUCCUUACCCCUCAACACAACCCAUUCAAACGAGGUUUUUUCUGUAAUGAUGAGUCCAUCAGAUACCCUCUCAAAGAGGACACCAUAUCCUACCAGCUAUUGGGAGGAGUCAUGAUCCCCUUCACACUGAUUGUGAUCAUCUGUGGCGAGUGCCUUUCAGUCUACUUGUCUCGCAUCAAAAACCAAUCUUUGGGUACAAAAUAUGCAGCUUGUAUAUACAAAGCUGUGGGCAGCUAUGUUUUUGGAGCUGCUGCCAGCCAGUCUUUGACAGACAUAGCCAAGUACUCUAUUGGUCGUCUGCGGCCAAACUUCCUGGCUGUAUGCAAACCAGUCUGGGAUCGCAUCAACUGCAAAGCCGGGGGAUACAUUGAGAACUUCACCUGCACUGGAGACAAGUUCCUGGUAGAUGAGGCCAGACUGUCUUUCUACUCUGGCCAUUCAUCCUUCUCGAUGUACUGCAUGCUGUUCCUCGUACUGUACAUUCACGCCAGACUGACGUCAGAGUGGGUGAGGCUUCUGCGUCCCACUAUCCAGUUCUUCCUUAUCUCAACGGCUGUGUAUGUGGGUCUGUCCCGGGUGUCUGACUACAAACAUCACUGGAGUGACGUCCUUGCUGGCCUCCUUCAGGGGGGUAUAGUAGCUGUUUUCACCGUGUUCUGUGUGUCCAACUUCUUUGAACAGCCAGUUGACCCAGUGGUGUCGCAGGAGGAAGAGGCCUCACACAACAGUUUACAGGAAAACCCUUCCAAUGGGAACCACUAUGGCAGCACUGACUGAAACUGAGGCUUCAUAGCGGAUACUAUAUAAGACUGGCUAUUUCUUUGCAUUCCUUCAACAUGAUUUGCUGCCGGAGCCAACACUGCAGCCUACAGGCAUUAGCUGCUACUUUUUGUGUGAUCAGUAAACUUUGAUUGCAGUAAGAAAAGUGCACUACAGAAGGCAGAACUCUACUGAAGUUUUUGCAAAGUUUUAGGUAAAUCCAACAGUUUGUUAUGAAACGACAGGAUAAAAAUCCUGGAUUUACUUCAGAAAAAGUGGCUCUUUUACAGUGUAAGCUUGUUGGAAAUGUGGUUGCUCAUUUAUAUUGGUCGGAUGUUGCCGUCAUGAAUGAAUGAAAUUCCAUUUGCCCUGAACAUAAUGAGCGUCUGUGUGCUCACUGCAAGCAGGCUUGUAGAGGGCCUGGCACCUGUGAUGAAGAAAACCUGGACUGUCCUUAAACUUAAAGUGGAGACUGAGCUCAGAAAUAAUAUAUUUUAUGUCCAUUUAUUGCCUUAGUCAGAUUGUUGCUGCUGUCUGCUGUUAAAUCCCCUUCCUGGUGUAAUUUCAUGGAAAUGUGAUUUAUUAUGAAUACAAUGCAUUGUCUUUCUUGCUUUUUUUACACUUUGUAUGAAGCUCUGUUUAUGUUUUUGUCCAAUGCUCUGUUGUUUAGAGCAGUACUGGUAAUAAAUUUGACAAACAAGA